AUGGCACAGGAACUUGAUGCAGCAGAAACACUUUGGCUCAGAUCAAUACAAUUGACAUCAUUUCCCAAAGAAAUCGAGUUUCUGAAAGGAAAGAAUAAGGGAUCACCGCCCGAACGUGUUCGUCAAUUUGGCCUAUACUUCGAUAAUGAUCAAGUUAUUAGAUGUAAGGGGAGAAUCAACAACUCGAGCUUACCACCGGAAGGAAAGAAUCCCAUCUUACUACCUUCGAAGCAUUUAGUAAUCGAACUGAUCGUACGAGAAGUUCACGGAAGAGUUAAACACAACGGGAUAAGAGACACGUUGACCACGAUUAGAGAACGGUAUUGGAUAUUACGUGGAAGAGAAACGGUUAAAGGGAUUAUCAAGAGAUGUGUAGUUUGCAGAAAAGCCGAAGGAAUGCCAUUCCAAGCCCAGCCUUUACCCGACUUGCCAGCGAGCCGAGUUUCAGAACAACCUCCAUUUACGAAUGUAGGACUUGACUUUGCCGGACCUAUGUUCAUUCGAAGCGAAAUCGAAAAUCUAUCAUCAAGCAAUUCCACGAAAACUUACAUUCUAUUGUUUACAUGUGCAGCAACUAGAGCUGUGCAUCUCGAAUUAACGCUGUCUCUGGAAGUAUCGUCCUUUUUAAGAGCCUUUCGAAGAUUUACAAGUCGACGAGGACUUCCAUCGUUACUAUUAUCCGAUAAUGCCAAGACCUUUAAGGGAGCAUGCAAGGAGAUCUGCAAAUUGAAACGAGCACCAGAGGUAUGGGACUAUUUAACGAACAAUCGUAUAACCUGGAGAUUUAUCACCGAAAGGGCACCCUGGUGGGGUGGCUUCUGGGAGCGCUUGGUCAGAAGUAUUAAGAGGCCAUUGAAGAAAAUAAUUGGCAGAUCAAGUUUGACCUACGACGAAUUAAACACUAUCUUAAUAGAAGUGGAGGCACUGAUUAACGCGCGACCAAUUACUUACAUAUACGAUGACGAUGAGUCAAUCUCCUAUCCAUUAUGCCCGUCGCAUUUGAUUUACGGACGUCGCAUCACCGCUAUGCCUUCGAGUGAGCAUUACGAAGUAGUCAGCACAUAUCAUUCACUUACGAAAAGAUCGCGUCAUCAAAGAAAGUUAUUGCAACAAUUUACGAAGCAAUGGAGUAGGGAAUAUUUGCAAGGUCUGCGAGAGCAAGCAAUAAAGUCGAGCAGUAGCAACAAUAUGGAUAUUUCUAUUGGAGAUAUUGUCAUCUUAAAGAAUGAACAAACGUGUCGUAGUUUCUGGAAAUUAGCAAAGAUUGAAGAACUUUUACAAGGAGACGAUGGAUUAGUUCGUGCAGUUAUCGUUAAAGUUCUGGGUGGCAAAGACAACAAAGUGCAAUUGUUACGACGUUCAAUUCAACAUCUUAUACCAGUGGAAGUGAAAUCGCCAACGGAAAAGAUCAAAGAUGUACCGGUUUCGUCGAGAACAGAUGAUGAAUCAUCAACCGCCGUGUCGUCAACUGGUCGACCGCGACGCAACGCUGCUGUAGUGGGUGAAUUGCGAAGACUGGAACAGAUGAAAGAGUUUCAAAGGAAGACAUAG